CGGUUCAUCACUUCUGGCGACAAGUUCACGAGACAGGAGCUCGAUGAAGGUGGUCGCCGCUUUUGGGAGGAAGUAGCGGAAGCAUUUAAUACUACGAACGACGACUACGAUCAACUGGUGUCCGAAAGCUCUUUGUUUGCGGGGAUUGAGCCGCAUCAAAUUACUACCACAACUGGCGCAAAACUACAGGGUAUGUGGAAGGAAUGCAAUCGCCGUUUUGCCUCUGCCGAGGCAAAAUGCAAGUUGUCCGGAUCGCACGAAGACUUUUGGAAUUUUUGUGGAGGAGACAGAGUGGCCAUGUGCGUGCACCUGUGGUGUGAG